GAGCAGCGGGUGAUGGGGAAGAGGCGAGCGCAGCGCUGAGGUCCUGCGGGGCCGGAUGAGCCGAGGAUUGGCGUCGCGGCGGUGGCGGGGCUGGAGGAGGGGGCGAAGGAGGCAGUAGGGGCGGCCUCCACUCCGGCUGCCCUGAGGGGAAGGAGCCCCCGACCAUGGAAAUCGAGAACAUCGUGGCCAACACGGUGCUGCUGAAAGCCCGAGAGGGCAAACGGAGUGGGCGUAGUAAAAAAUGGAGAGAGAUGCUGAAGUUGCCCCCUGUGAGUCACUGUGAAGGUAUUAGAUGCUCAAUCGAAAGAGACUAUAACCAGCUUUGUGACAAACAGCCCAUAGGAAGACUUCUCUUCAGGCAGUUCUGUGAUUCCAGACCGGAUUUGAAAAGAUGCAUUGAGUUUCUGGAUGCAGUGGCAGAAUAUGAGGUGUCUUCGGAUGAAAAGCGUAUUGACUGCGGCCUGAAAGUUUUAGAGACCUACUUCACUAAUGGGUCUGCAGCACACUUGCCAGAAAUACCUCAGGAAACAGUAAAUGAAUGUAAAUCAAGACUGGAAAAGAAUCCUUCUAAAGAUCUUUUUAUGGACUGUACUAGGAUUGUCCAUGAAUACCUAAGCAGAGCACCUUUUGAAGCUUACCAGGAAAGCGUGUAUUUUUCCCGGUUUUUGCAGUGGAAAUGGCUGGAAAAGCAACCGGUAACCAAACACACAUUUAGGCAUUACCGAGUGCUAGGCAAAGGUGGAUUUGGAGAGGUGUGUGCCUGUCAAGUACGGGCAACAGGAAAAAUGUAUGCUUGUAAAAAGCUGGAAAAGAAGAGAAUAAAGAAAAGGAAAGGGGAAUCAAUGGCUCUGAAUGAAAAAAGGAUUCUAGAAAAAGUGAAUAGUAGGUUUGUAGUUAGUUUAUCCUAUACAUAUGAGACAAAAGAUGCCCUGUGUUUAGUAUUAACCAUAAUGAAUGGAGGGGACUUGAAGUUUCACAUCUAUAACAUGGGAAAUCCUGGCUUUGAUGAAGAAAGGGCUAUCUUCUACGCUGCAGAACUGUGCUGUGGUCUAGAGGAUUUACAAAAGGAGAGAAUUGUUUACAGAGACUUGAAGCCUGAGAAUAUACUGCUUGAUGACUGUGGACAUAUCAGAAUUUCAGAUCUUGGCUUAGCUGUGCAGAUUCCGGAAGGAGAAACGGUGCGAGGACGGGUUGGGACUGUUGGUUACAUGGCUCCAGAAGUGCUCAAAAAUGAAAAAUACACCUUCAGCCCAGACUGGUGGGGUCUUGGGUGCUUGAUUUAUGAAAUGAUUGAAGGACAGUCUCCGUUCAGGAAGCAUAAGGAAAGAGUCAAACGGGAUGAGAUUGACCGGCGAGUAAAGGAAGACCAAGAAACAUAUUCAGACAAGUUCUCAGAAGAGGCAAAAUCCAUCUGCAGGAUGUUACUUGCUAAAAAUCCAGGGGAACGACUGGGUUGCACUGAAGAUGGAGCUGCUGUUGUAAAGCAACAUCCCAUUUUCAAGAACAUUAACUUCAAGAGGCUGGAAGCUAACAUGUUAGAACCUCCCUUCUUGCCAGAUCCACGUGCCGUGUAUUGUAAAGAUGUCCUGGACAUAGAGCAGUUCUCCACAGUGAAAGGUGUGAACCUGGAUACUACAGAUGAUGACUUCUACUCCAAAUUCGUUACGGGUUGUGUCUCAAUCCCUUGGCAAAAUGAGAUGAUUGAAACAGGAUGCUUUGAAGAUAUCAACGCAUAUGAAACUGAUGGUACUGUGUCACCAGACAGAGAGAGGUCUCCUAAACCAAAAAGAGGCUUCUUUCACAGACUUUUCAGUGGAGAGGUCUGCUUUAAAUCUGAUUGCAGUGAUGAUGAGCAGGAGUCCUCCAGACUUUAAAUCAAUUUACUCUCAUCAGAAAAGAUGAGCAAACUAAAUGUUUUAUAUCUCUGUAGCAAAGUGUAUUAUAUAUAUUUUUUACCUGAGUUCAAGGAUUUUUGUACAUUUGUACUUCAUUUGUUUUAAGAUGUAUAUUUUCACUAAAGCUUAAUUGUACAAAAAGCAAUGAGUGCCAUUUGAGUGAGUGUGUUUUGUAUGUCUUUGAUUUAUCUUGAUUUUUUUUUUUUGUCUUUUCCUGGUGGAAUGAAUACAGAAAUAAUACAAAGAUUUUUUGAAGUAGAGAGAUAAUAUCUAUUGCAUCAAUGUAACUUGACUUUGUGUGCUCCUGGUAAAACUCUUCUUGUUCAUUAGUCUCUUUAGGAGCAGUUUUCUUACCAGUGAAAUUGCUGUACUGAUACAUUUCAUAGUUCUGCUAUUACCCAGCAGCAUGGCACUGCUAUUACCUAAUGUCUCUUUCACGCAAUUGCUAAAGAAGAAAAAGGAAUUCAGCAUGUCGUGGUCAGCUGUUUUGAACUGCUCUUUGCUGUCUGUCUCUGUGGAAUGUCUUUCUGAAUGUAGAGAAUUCUGAACAUUUAGCUUAGUCUUAUAGCAAACUGUAUUACCCCAAUCUUCUCUUUUCUACCUUUCUUACACAUCCUCUCUGUAGUUUCUUGAUGUGGAAUGGGCCUAUGCCAAAACUUUAUAACUCUUUUGUGUACUUGGUUGCCUUUCCUAAAAAGAUAUUUUUUUGGACCUGUGGGGACACCUUUUAAUUUUUUUCUGUAAAUGAAAUUGUUUACAACUCCACAUAGGAGGUUCAGAAACAAAGCAUGGGCUCAUCUUACCAACCUCUCUGCCUGUUAUGUUGUGAUACACAAAGCUACACGGCUGACAGUGAUCGCUGCCACUGAAGGGAGGACAUGGUAGUGCUAAGUAUCAAAUUUAAUCCUGUAAAUAACCUUUCCUUAUAAUAUUUGGAAACUUAACCAUUAAAACCUGCCUUUAAUGAUUGCUUAACACAGGUGUGGAGCUGGCAUGGAAGUUUUAGUUGCUGUUACCUAAUGUUUAUUAGUAAAACUGCUUCCAGCUGCUUCAAAGUUUGCCAAAGUUCCUUUCCUCUGGACUCUUUUAAGUAUGCCAGGCUUUAUUUUAUAAAGUUUCCAAUAAAACUAAGCUGUGUAUGAGAAUGAAUUUAGGGAACACAUUUCAUAAAGAAAUUCUUCUGCUUUCAAAAUUUGAGUUAGGGACUUGAUACCUAAGGGAAUGCUCUUGGAGUUGGAGAUAACGACUUUUGCUACAUACUUAGUUGUGUAUCCUGAGGAUCUGUCUCCACUGAGCAUGCAUGGUCUAGUUGAAUGGAUAGGGCUGGGUGCUACGUUGGACUGGAUGAUCUUGGAGGUCUCUUCCAACCUGGUUGAUUCUAUGAUUCUGUGAGUCUAUGACUUUAUCUUUCCUCUCAAAUCUCUAGGGCACCAACCUGGCCACACAUGUAUUAUACACAGAGAGCAACUGAAUACCUCUCUACCUCAAACAGGUUUCUGCUUAUGAUCCACCUACCCACUGGAAGAAACUUAAGCUGCUUCUGAGAAACUCACAGGAUACAUUUGAUACUGAAAGCUAUCAUCAGGUUUUAAUUCAUAGUAUUUUUCCCCCUCUAGUAACAGAUGUAUUAAUGGCUUAGAAUUUGAAAAAAUCUGGAAUACCAGAGUCUUUACAAGUCCUGCUGGGGCUGAGCUGAUGUCUCUCUGAAAUUCUUCCUCUUGGCUACUGUGCCAUAGAAAGGAGGAAUGUUCUCUUUGUGUGUUUUCAGUGCAUUUUCCCUGAUGUAUAAAAUGGAACGGAGAGACAACAAAUGACUGCCCUAGAAAGUCCAAAGGGAGAAACUGGCAGGGACAGUUUGAGUUGCUGGAGGACAGUGUGAUGCAAUAGUGAAGGGAUGCCUGACAGAAGUAAGGAUGUUGGCUGGAACCAUUAUGUGUGAGACAAUGAGCUGGCAGAGUCUGGCCUGAGCUUCCUUACUGUGCUACGAGAACAUAAGGAUUCUGAAGAGCUGUGCAUGGAGAAAUUGGGAAGUAAGAAUAGUGUUUCCUGAAUACCUCCCUGGAUGGAGAAGUCAUUAUGUUUCUCUGAUUAAGUGGGUUCAUUUUUUUAAAGAUCUUAGGCUUACUGCUCUGAGGCACAGAGAGAUGUAUGAGCUGACAAUCUAGAUGUAAGGCCUGUUUAGAGCAACUUCAUUAUUUAGGCAAGAAUACUAAGGACAUAAGCUGAGUCAUUUUUAUGAAGAAAAUACAGAAAUUUGCUUCAACAAAGGAAAAAUAAAUCUGAAAGUCUAUUUAUCAUCCAUUUCAUUUCCACAUUUGAGGGGGAAGGAUCUUAACUCCUGGUUUGGAGCUCUGAAACUGCACACUUACUAUGCAGAGAGCUGUGAAGAGAGGCAGCUAGCUGGAAAGAAAAGGGAAGUUGUUCCUCAGAAAUGGUUAUUUCUACUUCCUAUUCUUUGGAUGAGGAACUCCAUGCAAAAAGUGAAGAACUUGUAUGUUUUAUGAAGCUUUAUUUAGUCAUUUCACAAGUAUUUUCUUAUGUUCUGAGUACUGUUGAAUUGGCUUUGAGUUUCCAGGACUUAAAAUUCUGUUGCUUUGAGGCUUUUGUUGCUUUUUUUUCCCUAGUAGGCUCAAAAUGGCAUUUUACCACUAUAAAUGUGUCUCUUUGGGGCUAAAAAUGUAACCACAUAAUAAUAACUAGACAUUACCUAAUGUGAAUCCCCUAAUGAAUUAGAAAAGACAAGGAACAGGAAGGAUCAGCCUAACUCUCUCUGCAUGGAACAUGGAGAUUAAGGUGUUCUGCUCUUUAAGGUGGCUGACACUGGUUACAUGUCCUUCUUUACUGGAGUGGUAGUAGCUUGGAGAUGCAUUUUGAAAGCAGGAAAAGGGUAAAGAAAGGGGAGAACACCUGAAAGCAAAACACUGUGUUGUGAUAAAUGUAGUAUGAACUUUGCUCUUGACUUCUGUACUGAGAAAAAGGAGGGGUGAGGCAGCAGGUGGUGUUGACUGCUUAUGUAGCCUUGUGUUUCCAUGAAGCUGUUUAACAACAAAACCCAAGGUAAAUUCUUGUUCUUCUCUGUGACUUCAUUAUACCUCCAUGAAUUCACUAUCUAUUAGAGGGCUCUCAUAGCAGUGGGAGAGUCCAACAGCCCCACUACUUUGUUUUGCUGGUACGAGACACAGGAAGAUCUAUGGAAUUCUGGGGAGUUACUCAAAGGGGGUCAGUGCCGCUUUUCUGUGGCUGGUGUUUCCAAGCGUUUUGUGAUGUAAGUCAAGUCUUCCUGUCUGCUUGUGCAUACCUCACAAAUCCCUAUACUUAGCCCAAAAUUCAGAAGCUGUGAAGCAAUGAACCACUCUCUUCCUGGUGUACUUAAUGCUUUGGAAUGUUGUGACCAACAGAACAGAGUCUUCAUGCCUCAGGGUUCUUCUAUUAAAGAAAAAAUAUCAGCUUUGCUUCCCCCUCAAGUGUAGUGUCCAUAAUAGAUGUGGUGUUAUGCUGCUGGAGUGUCAACAACAACAGAACAGUCUCCUUUGAAAAGAAAAAAGCACUUAAACAUAAUUACUGUGUAAAUUUCUGGAGAAAAGAAGGCUGAGAGGAGACUUCAUUCUCUACAAGUCCCUGAAAGGAGGUUUAAGACAGGUGGGUGUUGGUCUCAACAGUAACAAGUGACAGCAUGAGAGGAAAUGGCCUCAGUUGCCCCAGGGCAGGUUUAGAUUGGAUUGUAGGAGACAGUUCUUCACUGAAAGGCUUCUCAAAGACCAGAACAGGCUGCCCAGGGAGGUGGUAGAAUCCUUUAGAAAAUUCAUGGAAGAUGUUGUAUGUCUGUCUUCCCCCCCUCAAGUCAUUCUUAAAACAGCAGUCUGAAGGAUUUGUGACAAGAAAGAUAACUCUCUCUGUCUCUGAAUAGGAUUCUGUCUAAAUUGAGAAAUCAACUAUAGAAGCUACUAAAAAACAACUAAAAGGCCACUUUUUUUAGUCUGCAUUUCAAUUGUCUUUCAAACUCUACAGAUGAAGGAACUUUCUCACUGCUAUUUACACAAAUGGACAAUGCUUGUUUACAAGCUACUGAAGCCAACAGAAGUAAUAUUAGUGUGCUUUGGUUUAGUAUUACACAAACUUAUCAUUGGAAUUACCCCCUUGGUAUAGAUUUUCAGAACAUACUUCUCUUUAAGAAAUACUAAAAUUGGAAUGGAAAAAAAUGUUUACUUUGCUUUUGAAUCACCUGCCUGACUCAUUUUGGUAAUGAUUCUGUCUCUUCUCAAUUUUACUCCAUGACUGUUCAUACAGUGUGACAAGUUUUGCACAUGAGAUGUAGGUAACUUUCCUCAUGUUCAAAACCACUGGAAUUCUUUCCAAGCAUAGCAGAGCUGACUGUUCAAUGAGAUGUGGGAGUUCCAGUACCUCCAAACCACUGAACUGCCUUUGUAUCAGCUGUUUUCCCAGAUGUUCUAACGUUGUUAUUCCUGAAAUAAAAGCUAACCACUGCCAGAGAUCUUGA